AUGUCUGAACAGGCAGCUGCGGUAGCUGGAGGUGUGGUAGGAGGAAUCCUUCUGCUAGUCCUGAUUGGGAUAGCAGUCUACCUCUUUUGGAAGAAAGUAUACCUCAAGGCUUCUUAUGAAGAACUUACUGAUUCUGCGUCUGCAGUUCUGAAGGAACCAGAUGCCAUGCAGUCAUCUUCUUUAGUUCAUUCUCAAAAUGCAAGAACAAGAAGCGUCCCUUUUAUUGUUCCACCGAAAUUUCAUAGACAAGCGUGGGCUGAUAUGAUAAACGGAGAACAAAUUCAGGAAGAGAGUGACCUCUAUGUUACUCCUGACUCUGGGCCUCGAUCCUCUUUCCAUUCACUAGCUGGAGCAUACCUUGUAGGAGCCAUCAAUCCAGAGCUGUACAGGUUCCCCGAAGACAAGAGCGAGACGGACUUCCCUGAGGGCAACAUUGGUCGGCUUUGGUUCUCGGUGGAAUACGAGCAGGAGUCGGAAAGGCUCCUUGUCUCCUUGAUCAAAGCCCGAAAGCUGCAGCCUCCCUCUAGCUCCUGCAACCCCUUGGUGAAAAUCUACCUGCUGCCUGAUGAGAGGCGCUAUUUGCAGUCCAAGACCAAGCGCAAAAACCUCAAUCCUCAGUUUGAUGAGAAUUUUGUUUUCCAGAUUUCCAGUAAUUCCUUAUGCCAAAGGACGCUGAAGUUCUGCAUCUACCAUGUUGACAAACAGAAGAAGCACAUUCUCCUAGGCCAAGUAACAUUCCCUUUGAAAAACGAAACCUUCACUGGUGAUGGCAAAGUCAUCGUUUGGAGAGAUUUGGAAGCACAUUCCUUAGAGCCACCUUCUGAACAUGGUGAUCUCCAAUUUUCUCUCAGCUAUAAUGACUAUCUGGGACGUCUCACAGUUGUGGUGCUAAGAGCAAAGGGCUUGAAGUUCCAGAAUGAAAGAUGUGCUGUUGGUGUGUUCGUCAAAGUGUCACUAAUGAACCAUAAUCAAUUCAUCAAGAGCAAAAGGACCACGGCUGUCGUAGGAUCCUCUGCGCCGUCGUACAACGAGACUUUCAGCUUCAAGGUUGACCAGUUGGACCUGGAUACAGCAAGCCUGAGCCUGUCUGUGCACCAGGAUGCUGAGGGAGAGAAAACCUACUCACUGGGCCGUGUAGUUGUUGGGCCCUUCAUGUACACCAGGGGCAAGGAGCUAGAACACUGGAAUGAAAUGAUCAGUAAGCCCAAGGAGCUGGUGAAGAGGUGGCACGUGCUUUCUCUUAGCAGCUGAAGGAUGGAGAGCGCUCUUGCAAGAGUUCCUUUCUGCUUGUAUCUAUAUACAGGAGUGAACAAAUUUUAACUGUAUCAUGGCCCUUGAUGUGUAUCCUCUGGUUAUGUCCAUCACAGAAAUUCUGUGGCUUGGUGAUCAAAGACAGUUGGUAAGGUCUCUGAAAGCACUGGAUCUGAAAUCAAGGCAGGGGAACCUUGGGUCCACUUAGCUGCAGAGUGGAAUAUGAUCCUUAAGAUGAGGUUAGUGUCUAAAUCAGUGAGAGGGGAUGUGGGCCACGUUAGCACUUCUAUCAUAGAUGGUUGAAAUUUGAUGUGUCCCCCCCCCCCCAACUCAGUAGGCCACAUGAACUGGCAGACUAAUGCACACUUAGUUAUAAUCAAAUGCUGAAUUCAGUGGGCUUAAGUGCACUUGUGGUUCGAUUGUGACCGGUUUGUAUGUUUAAAGCCACCCAAUUUAUCCUCUACUAAGCUAGAAUCCUAUGCCUUCAAAAGUAUGUUCUCCCCUUUUAAGUAACUCUGCAUUAUUCCUGCUGAAAGUACAGACUACUGAACAAAACGGAAUGAACACAUGUGCAUUAAAUGUAGCAAACAUGUUCAGUUCCGGAUCACUAGUAGAAUGCAAUCCUCAAA